AUGGCGCGUCGGCAGGCCACGCUCGAUGCGCUCUUUGGCGGCCAGCCUGAAGCCAAGCGCGUAAAGACAGAGGCGCCGGCAGAGAAGAAGAGUGAGCUUCCGCCAAAGGUGUCAGAUGGCGUGCCGAUCGCUUAUGCGGUGCUGGUGGACACGUUUACGCGCGUCGAGGCUACGACCAAGCGCCUCGAGAUUCUAGAGCUCGUGACGAAUGUGUUCAUGCGGAUCAUCUACGAAAGCAGUGAGGGCAAGCCUCUGGUUUCUGCGCGGGACAAUCUCUUGCAUGCUGUGUACUUGUGCAUCAAUCGCUUGUGCCCCGAUUAUGAAGGUCUUGAGCUGGGGAUCGGCGAAGGGCUCUUGAUCAAGGCCAUCGCUCAGAGCACAGGCCGCGAAGUCGUGCGGAUUAAGAAGGAUUUCGAGAGUCUGGGUGACCUGGGCCUUGUGGCGCGUGCAUCGAAAAAGCACCAGCCGACCAUGUUUCGCGCGCAGGCUUUGACGUUGUCGUACGUGUUUCACCAGCUGCGUCUGAUUGCGGCGGCGUCGGGCGCCAAGUCGCAGGACAAGAAGCUCGGCAUCAUUAAGCGGCUGCUAGCGGCAUGCAGUGAUGAUGAGGCCAAGUACUUGAUCCGCAGUCUGGAGGGCAAGUUGCGGAUUGGCCUCGCAGAAAAGACGGUGCUCAUAGCCGUGGCGCAGGCAGUGAUGCUGGUGAUGCGGGGCGAGGCAUGCUACACGGCCGAGCUGGCUCCAUCGCUGGAGCAUGGUAUACAUACCGUCAAGGCCGUGUUCAGUGAGUUGCCGUCGUACGAUGUGCUGAUCCCUGCCUUGCUGGCGCAUGGUGUGGAGCAUCUUCACGAGCACGUUACCUUGACGCCGGGCAUUCCGCUCAAGCCCAUGCUGGCGAAGCCGACCAAGGCGAUUGGCGAGGUGCUGGACCGGUUUGAGGCGCAGGCCUUUACGUGUGAGUACAAGUACGAUGGCGAGCGUGCGCAGGUGCAUGGAUUUAUGGAGGAUGGCCAGCUUCAGGUGCGUGUGUUUAGCCGCAAUUCGGAGGACAUGAGCGUCAAGUACCCUGACCUUGUCGUGCAGAUACCCCGUUGCCUCCGGGAGGGCCGUGUGCGCAGUUUUGUGCUGGAUGCUGAGGCUGUGGCGUGGCAGCCGCGCGGCUCGGAGCCGGGGCGGCUGCUGCCGUUCCAGGAGCUGAGUCGGCGGAAGCGCAAAGACGUGCAGGCGGACGAUGUGCGUGUGGCGGUCAAGGUAUUUGCGUUUGAUUUGCUGUACCUGAAUGGGGCGUCUCUGCUGCAGGAGGCCUUGGCGCGGCGGCGGUCCCUGCUGUGGGAGUGCUUUGCGCCCGUGGAGGAUGAGUUUGACUUUGCGACGUCGAAGGACUGCACGACGACGGAAGAGAUCCAGGCGUUCUUGGAUGAGAGCGUGGCGCAUGGCUGUGAAGGCUUGAUGGUCAAGAUGCUCACGGGUGGCGAUGCGACGUACGAGCCGAGUCGUCGCUCGAUCAACUGGCUGAAGCUCAAGAAGGACUAUUUGUCGGGCACGGGCGACAGUCUUGAUCUGACGGUGAUUGGUGCGUACUAUGGCCGCGGCAAGCGCACGAACGUGUACGGAGCGUUCCUUCUUGCAUGCUAUGACGAAGACAGCGAGACGUACCAGAGCGUGUGCAAGAUUGGCACGGGCUUUUCCGAGGCGGAUCUUGAUGCGCACUAUACCACGCUGAAGGCGCUGGAGAUCUCUGCUGCGAAGAGCUACUACGACCUGGGUGAGGCCAAGCCGGACGUGUUUUUUGAGGCGCGCAUCGUGUGGGAGGUGCUGGCGGCGGACCUGUCGCUGAGCCCCGUCUACACAGCCGCGCGCGGUGCGAUCGAUGCGCGUGGUGUAUCGCUGCGCUUUCCGCGUUUCGUUCGGAUCCGCGACGACAAGACGCCGGACAUGUCGACGACGCCCGAGCAGGUCGCGAGCAUGUACCGCGCGCAGGUAGCGACGUCGGCGCGGAUCGACGACGACGCGGACGAGUUUUGGUAG